AUGGUUAUGGCUAGUUGGGUAUCUUCUGACCGGAAUGGUUCAAUGGGUAUCUUGGAGGUUCCUAGUUCAACGUUUUUAAGUGUCAAGCAGGGAGGCGUUCGUGACCCAAAUUUGAGUGCUGACAAAUGUCAUGCCACUGUUAACCAUGAUCCUAGAGUCUCGAAUGCUAUAUCAGAUAGGGCCAUUGUGUGUUUUGGUUAAGAAAGAAAAGGGAUGAAUUCGGGGAUAGGCAAAGAUGGUAGUGAACAAACUGAAUGUUGUGUGUCCAAUGAUUAGAAAUGGAUAGUUCAAAAGACAUUCUUGGAAAAAUGGAUUUGUCUUUGGUCCCUAAAAAAAGAAAAGUAAGAAAAAAGCAGAUGGAAAGAGUGCGAGGAGGAGGGGAAUUAGAGAGUUAAAGAAUCUAUAU